ACCAACAAAGGCACAAGACGUCAGACUGGAGCAUGGAAAGAGGAUAUCACAGUUUCAGAUUUUCCAGAAAGUGUUUCAAAGUUACUUAGCAGACAGCGGUCUGAGGUGUGAACCGAACUGUGAUACAAAAGUGUGGAGAAUAGUUUGUUAAAAUAAAGGAGUAAAAGUUAGUUAGGCUAGAAACAAAUUUGCGAGAUGUUGCUCAGCAUAUUCCAAUCGGGCAUAUUCGAGUGGCAAUUUCGUCGCCAGCUGCUGGUUACGCUGAGUGCCACGCUGAUAACCUUCUGCCAUGGCAUUGCCCUGGGCUGGCUGUCACCCAUGUUGCCGCAGCUGCUCUCCGAGCAGGAUACACCGCUGGACUUUUUCAUCGAUGUGGGCCAGGCCUCAUGGCUGGGUGCUGCCAUCAGCCUUGGCGGCAUUAGCGGCAACUUUUCCUUCUCCUUCUUGAUGAAUCGUUUCGGGCGCAAGGUGUCGCUGUAUGCCCUGGCCCUGCCCAAUACGUGCAUUUGGUUCCUGUUCUACUUUGCCCGCAGCAUCGAGUGGCUGUAUGUGGCGCGUGUGUGCGCGGGCCUCACUGGCGGUGGCAUGUUCGUGGUGCUGCCCAUUUUUAUUGGGGAAAUAGCCGACAACAGCAUUCGUGGGCGUCUGUGCUCGUUCUUCACCCUGACCAUGAAUACGGGCAUUAUGGUGGGUUUUAUUGUCGCCUCCCACAUACCCUAUCACGUCAUACCCUGUGCCGUGGUGGGCCUGCCCGUACUCUAUCUGUUUCUGGCCACGCGCUUUCCGGAGACGCCGCAGCAGCUGCUCGUCUGGUCGCGCGAGGAGGAGGCCCAAAAGGCGCUCAAGUACUACCGCCACUGCGAUGGUCCACAGGUAACCAAGGAGCAGGAACGCGAGUACCAAAAGCAGUUUGAUGAAAUGCGACUGGCCAUACAGCAGCGCAGCAAGGAUGCCGGCAACGUGGGCCUCUCCAUGGCGGAUUUUUGCAACAAGCGCGCACUCAAAGCCAUGGCCACGGGCCUGAUGCUGAUGAUUGCUCAGAUCUUUACCGGCACCUUUGCCUUCAUCAACUACAUGUCCAACAUUUUCGAUGCGGUGCACACGCAGCUGGACCCAAACACGAACACAAUCAUCAUUGGCGCCGUGCAGAUUGUGGGCACACUGGCCAGCAUGUAUCUGGUGGAUCGUUAUGGCAGAAAGAUCCUGCUGGUGGUGUCCUGCGCGGGCAGUGGCUUGGGUGCCGCUGGCUUCGGGCUGUACGCCUUCUAUGCGGAGGAAACGGAUGCUGAUCUCUCAGCCUAUGCCUCCUGGCUGCCCGUCAGCCUGAUGGCUCUGAUCAUCUUCAUCGCCAAUGUGGGCGUCAUCUCCGUCACGAUGGUGGUGCUGGUGGAGCUGCUGCCGCAGAAGAUUCGCGCGGUGGCCACCAGCAUUUGCUUGGGCUGCCUGAGCUUCUUUGCCUUCACCUCGCUGAAGACCUUUCCGCUGAUGAUGUUCCACUUUGGCCUCGCAGCCACCAUGUGGUUCAGCGCCUCUGUCUGUGCCCUGUGUCUCUUCUAUGUGGUGGUGUUUGUGGAGGAGACCAAAGGGCGCUCCAUGUAUGAUUAAGCUGCUAGUAGGAUGUUGCUCUUGCAACCUUGGCGAAUAAAGUUCAGUGUUUAGUU